AUGCGCCGCAGACUUUUCUCUGAGUCUGAGCUGGAUAAGGAGUAUUUCAAAGAAAAAAUAGAGCAACAGAAAGUUGAAAAUAUAACAAUUGACAUUCUUUAUCAUUCCCGCACGGUCACUCUAUUAGCCAUAAUAUGGAUACUUCUUUUAUACUUCGCUUAUGCGCGUUCAAACAGAGAUACGGUAGACAACCUCUACCAUGGAUCUAUAGGUGUAGCGGUGGUUUUCCUGACAGUAUCAACUAUGAUUAUGCCCAACGGUAAGCUUGUUUAUCCAUAA